GCUGUACUAAUGUGAUGUCAGAACGCCGUUGAGCUCAAAAAAUGUUAGCCUGUGUUGUUAAGUCGGAAAGCUACAGGGGAUUUGCCAGACGGAAAUAAUACCGUUUUACCGCCUAGAAACACAUGUACAGCACACAUAUUUGCGUAUCGCGUUUUUAUACGUUUUUCUAUCCGCUUGCAGCGAGCGUCUUGGGUUUAUGCUGAGAGAAAGUUGGUCGGUUAUUUUGUGGGAGUGAUGUCGAAUCCUGGGACUCGAAGGAACGGGUCAAGCAUCAAAGUCCGACUGACAGUAUUAUGUGCCAAGAAUCUGGCAAAGAAAGACUUCUUUCGGUUGCCUGAUCCUUUCGCCAAAGUGGUGGUGGAUGGCUCGGGUCAAUGCCACUCUACAGACACGGUCAAAAGCACAUUGGACCCAAGUGGAAUCAGCAUUACGACCUUUAUAUUGGGAAGACCGAUUCCAUCACCAUCAGCGUAUGGAACCACAAGAAGAUCCAUAAGAAGCAGGGUGCGGGUUUCUUAGGCUGUGUGCGGCUCCUGUCCAACGCCAUCAGCAGACUAAAAGACACAGGCUACCAGCGUUUAGACUUGUGCAAGCUGAACCCAUCUGACAGUGAUGCUGUUCGUGGACAAAUCGUUGUGAGUCUGCAGACCAGAGACAGAAUUGGCAGUGGAGGGCCUGUGGUCGACUGUAGAGGACUGGUAGAGAAUGAAGGGCCUGUCUUUGAAGACUCGGGGCCCGGGCGGCCUCUCAGCUGCUUCAUGGAGGAGCCCAUGCCAUACACCGAUCCUACAGGAGCCGCUGGCGGGGGCAACUGCCGUGCACUUGAGUCGCCCAAUCAGGAGCAACGGCUCCAAGCACAACGCAUCAGAAACCAAGAUUCUAGAGGGCAUGCACACACCCCCCAAAACAGACCACAUGGACACCAAUCCCCUGACCUCCCUGAGGGCUAUGGUAAGAUAGAGCAUUAGAAAUA